GUAAUGAUACUGGUUCAGAUAGCCUAUGGUGGUUCAAGCGUCCUCGUUAAACUUUCUCUUGAGGAAGGUCUCAAGCCAGUUGUCUUUGUGGUUUAUAGGCAUGUUAUGGCCAUGUUUUUGCUAGCACCAUUUGCUUAUGUUCUUGAAAGGAAGCAAAGACCUUCACUCACAUUUUCAAUAGCAGCAAAAGUUUUUGUGCUCACAUUAUUUGGGACUACUAUCCAUCUCAAUGUGUACUACACUGGUUUAGCAUACACCUCCCCCACAGUUGCCUGCGCCUUGAGUAACAUAGUCCCAACUUUGACGUUUCUAAUGGCAGUUCUACUUCGGAUGGAGAAUUUGAAUAUAAAAAGUGUCAGAGGUCAAGCAAAGGUAGUUGGCACACUUCUUUGCAUCUGUGGUUCUCUAAUUUUCACUUUCUGGAAAGGGUACCUUUUCAAGGGUCUUGUUGAGAGGCCACUGCUCACUAUAUAUAGCACUGAGUUGAAGCAUGGUAGCGAAAACUGGAUCAAGGGUUCUGCUCUUAUUCUUAUCAGUCAGAUAGUAUGGUGUUCAUGGCUGAUUCUGCAGGCUGUGGUCACCAGAGUCUACCCUGCUCCAUUGUCACUGACCACCCUGAUAUGCUUUUUCGCAUCAUUGCAAUCUUCCAUUGUUGCUAUGUUUUUCGCAAGAGAUCAAGCUUCAUGGAGAAUUGAUACAAAUGUGCAACUUUUAACCAUUGUCUACAGUGGAGUUGUGAGCUCGGCCUUAGUCUAUUACCUGCAAACAUGGUGCAUCAGCUACAAGGGACCGGUGUUUACGGCCAUGUUUAGUCCCCUGCAAGUCAUUAUAGUCGCACUGUUCUCGGCAUUUGCUUUUGCUGAGAGAUUUCACGUCGGCAGCUUGAUCGGAGCAUUUCUCAUUAUCGUUGGCCUUUACUCUUUUCUAUGGGGAAAGAAGACGGAUGGACUUGUUGCUGCAGUCACAGAGAAUGAAAAAGGAGUACUUAAUGAUGAUAAGGUGGUCACCAUUACCCUGAACGAUAUUAAAGUGACGAAUCCUGUAACUACAGAAACUGCAUAGUCCUAACCUAAGAACAGUAGUUGAUGAAAUGAAAAGUUUGAUUUAGCAUGAUUCAGAAAAUCAAUCCCAUAUGAAAUUGAUGCUUAUUCACAUAAUCUCUAAUCCCUUUACACAUGCAAAAGAUCAAUUCCAAUACAAAGUCCACAAAGGGUAUUCUCACCCUAAACACAAAAUGUAAGUUUUAACUUGAUCACAUAUCAACACGAGAACUUCUGCUUCUCUUCCAUAUGG